AUGGCUUCCACCCAAUGCGUCGUCGUUUUAUUCCUAAUCACAUUCACAUCCACCGCUUUUCCCCGUUCAAUCCUCGAAACCUCCCCAAAAACCCACCACUCCUUCACCUUUAAUCCGAUCUCCAUUCGCCGGAAAAUUCCAAACGACGGCGACGCUUUCUACUGCGACAGCUGGAGACUCUCCGACGGCAACGCUUUCUACUGCGAAAGCUGGAGACUCUCCGUCGAGACUGAUAACGCCGGAUCUUGGACUCAGAUUCCGGCCAGUUGUUUGGAUUUCGUGGAGGAGUACGCGACCGGCGACCAUUAUUCGUCGGAUCUGGAGGUUUUCGCCGAGAAUGCGUUGGAGUUUGCAAAAGAGGUUAACGUCUCCUCCAUCCACGGCAAGGACGCUUGGGUCUUUGACAUUGACGAGACGUUGCUGUCUAAUGUUGGGUAUUAUGAGUUCUAUGGUUUCGGAUAUUAUGACGUUGACGCUCUCAAUGAGUGGGUGGAGUCGGCUGUGGACCCUGCUUUACCUGCAAGCUUGGAGUUGUACAAGGAGCUCCAAAAUAUGGGAUUUAAGUUAAUCUUAUUAACUGGCCGCAGUGAAUCUCUUAGGAAUGCUACAGAGAAAAAUCUGUUACAAGCAGGAUACAGCAAUUGGGAAACGCUUAUCUUGAGGUAA